GUGUGUGUGUGUGUGUGUGUGUUUGUAUAUGUGUGUUUGAAACCGGCAGAAAGCGUACGAGGAUCAACAGGAGGGAGGACUCUUCUUUAUUUGCCCGACACUACUAAAAGAUGGAUGCCGCAGAGUUUCGGAGACGCGGGAGGGAGAUGGUUGAUUAUGUGGCGGAUUAUAUAGAGAACAUUGAGAAAAGGCAGGUUUACCCUGAUGUGGAACCGGGAUAUCUGAGGUCACUGAUUCCUGAGGAGGCCCCCGAGGAGCCAGAGAGCUAUGAGGAUGUGGUCAAAGACAUCGAGAGGGUGAUCAUGCCAGGGGUCACCCACUGGCACAGCCCAUACUUCUAUGCAUAUUUUCCCACUGCCCACUCUUAUCCUGCAAUGCUCGCAGACAUACUGUGUGGAGCCAUUGGCUGCAUUGGAUUCUCUUGGGCUGCAAGUCCUGCCUGUACGGAGCUAGAGACAGUGAUGCUGGACUGGCUGGGAAAGAUGCUGAAGCUACCGGAAGAUUUUCUUGCUGGGACCAAAGGCAAAGGAGGUGGGGUCAUCCAGAGCACUGCCAGUGAAGCCACUCUCAUAACCCUUCUUGCUGCUCGCUCCAAAAUCGUCAGGCUGAUCCAGGCGGACCAUCCUGACCGAUCUGAGACUGACAUUAUAUCCAAACUAGUUGCCUAUUCAUCUGAUCAGGCACACUCAUCGGUGGAGAGGGCAGGGUUGAUAGGUGGAGUGAGAAUGAAGAAAAUUCCUACCGACAGCAAGUUUUCUGUGCGAGGAGAUGCACUGGAGAGGAUCCUAAAGGAGGAUAAAGCUGCUGGACUUAUACCAUUUUUUUUCUGUGCAACACUGGGAACAACUGCAUCCUGUGCAUUCGACUGCAUCACUGAGCUGGGCCCUAUAUGCAAUGCAGAGAAAAUGUGGAUGCACAUCGAUGCUGCAUAUGCCGGGAGUGCUUUUAUCUGUCCGGAGUUCAGACCCUUGCUGAACGGCAUUGAGUUUGCAGACUCUUUCAAUUUCAAUCCUCAUAAAUGGCUCCUGAUCAACUUUGAUUGCUCGGCGAUGUGGGUAAAGAAAAGAGCAGACAUUAUUGGAGCAUUUAAAAUGGAGCCACUUUAUCUAAAGCAUGAUCACCAAGAGUCAGGACUUGUCACUGAUUAUAGACACUGGCAGAUCCCGCUGGGUCGGAGGUUUCGCUCUCUCAAAAUGUGGUUUGUGUUCCGCAUGUACGGACUCAAAGCUCUCCAAGCCUACAUCCGCAAGCAUGUAGGACUGGCUAAAGAGUUCGAGGCUUUCGUGAGAGCUGAUCAACGCUUUGAGAUCUCAGCUGAUGUGGUGAUGGGUCUCGUCUGCUUUAGACUCAAGGGCCCCAAUGAAUUAAGUGAAAAUCUGCUGAAGAGGAUCAACAGCGCACGGAAGAUUCAUCUGGUUCCUUGCCACCUGGCUGGCCUGUUUGUUCUGCGGUUUGCCGUGUGUGCCCGCGCUACUGAGUCACGUCAUGUCCAGGAGGCCUGGUGCCACAUCCGUCAGCUGGCAUCAGAGCUGCUUCAGGAACUGCUACACUGACCAUUGCAGUGGGCAUCACAAUUGUACACUCUCAAAAAUAAAGGUAUGCUAGUUGUCACUAGGGUGGUAACUUUUCAAAAGGUACAAAUUUGUACCUAAAAGGACCAUAUUAAUACUUAUUAUAUAGUUCUGAGGUACUAAUAUGGAUCCUUCAAGUACAAAUGUGUACAAAAAGGUACCACCCCAGUGACAGCUCUCAUACCUUUAUUUGUGAGAGUGUACCACAUCUGCUUUCACACUGUCUUAAUUCCCCUCUAUCGCUGAUUCAUGCUAUUUAUUGGCAAAAUAUGUGUAUCUGUGCGUCCGUGAUUGUCAUAAUGGUGUCUGCCAUGAGUGUGUAGCAAUCCAGGCUCUGGAAUAUAUCCUCUGCCUACAUUUAAUGACAUGAUGUCCAAAAAAGGCACAUCAUAUCAUGUUUGUCGAUUGCAGAUUUCUUUUUCACGAUAUUCCUCCUCACCCCGGUAAUCAUUAUAGACCUGCAAGAAAGAUUAUUAUAAUAAUCAAUUAACCAACAACUAAUCGCUAAAUAUUUCAAUAACUAAUCAGUAGGUUUUUAAUGAUUGUUCAACUUUUGUGACGAGUUGAAACAGUUGUAGAUCCUAAGUAAUCAUUUAAAAAAUAAUGCAAUUGUCAGCUUUUGAAAUGUUCUAAUGCACUUGAGAUGUUUUAAUGAACUUUGAUCAAACUGAACAGAUCACUCUCUUUCAGUUUUCUGAUUUUGUCAUUGAAUCAUUUUCACUUCAAACCAAAAAUAAAAAUAUAAUGUUGUAAACAAAUCUCUUCACGACAGAAUCUCUGUCAACAGUUUGAUUUAAUUAAAAAAAAGGGACAGAAAAAGGGCAUUUUACUUCAGGACAGCCACAAUGGCAAAGUAUUAACCGGUAAACAAUUAUUAGAAAAAUUAUUGUACAAAUAAAAAGACAAGCAGCGGCUUUCUCAUAAGUAACUGAUAUGAUUUUUUCCCCAACAUGUCUGUUUUUAAGCUUUUACAAAUAUGGAAAAAAAUUAAGUCAUAAUACUCAUAUCGGCGACGCGGUGGCGCAGUAGGUAGUGCUGUCGCCUCACAGCAAGAAGGUCGCUGGUUCGAGCCUCGGCUGGGUCAGUUAGCAUUUCUCUGUGGAGUUUGCAUGUUCUCCCCGUGUUUGCAUGGGUUUUCUCCGGGUGCUCCGGUUUCCCCCCACAGUCCAAAGACAUGUGGUACAGGUGAAUUGGGUAAGCUAAAAUUGUCCAUAGUGUAUGUGUGUGAAUGAGAGUGUAUGGAUGUUUCCCAGUACUGGGUUGAAGCUGGAAGGGCAUCCGCUGCGUAAAACACAUGCCAAAAUAGUUAGCUGUUCAUUCUGCUGUGGAAGGAAAAUGAAUGAAUUAAUUACUUAAUUUCAUUAGUUUGUUUAAAUUCAGGGCGAAGCAGUGGCGCAGUAGGUAGUGUUGUCGCCUCACAGCAAGAAGGUCACUGGGUUGCUGGUUCGAGCCUCGGCUCAGUUGGCGUUUCUGUGUGGAGUUUGUAUGUUCUCCCUGUGUUCGCGUGGGUUUCCUCCGGGUGCUCCGGUUUCCCCCAUAGUCCAAAGACAUGUGGUACAGGUGAAUUGGGUAGGCUAAAUUGUCCGUAGUGUAUGGGUGUCGGUGUGAUUGUGUGUGUGAUUUUUCCCAGAGAUGGGUUGCGGCUGGAAGGGCAUUCGCUGCGUAAAAAUGUGCUGGAUAAGUUGACGGUUCAUUCCGCUGUGGCGACCCCGGAUUAAUAAAGGGACUAAGCUGACACGAAAAUGAAUGAAUGAAUGUUUAAAUUCAGCCCAUAAAAAUAGUUUGCAACCAUUUACAUUUUAAAAAUGAAGUAAAUUCAAUAAAAUGAAUCAUUUUUUCAGUGUGGACAGCUUGCUAAGUUUUAAAUACACUUAGAUCAGUCGGAUGAGAAGUUUAAAAAAUCAAAGUAAGGGAUUUAUCAACCAACAAAACAAAACAAAACAAAAAAAAUCAGUCCCUCCAAUAGACAAGAAUAUUAGUCAACAAUUUUUUUUAAGAGUCGACAUUGGCGACUAAUUGUUGCAGCCCUUGUAAUCAUCAAACUGUCAAAUAAGAACAAAAGAAGCAUUCACUUGUACUAGAAACUGCAGUAUGUAGGCCGUCACAUAUUUCUACUGAGUGUGUCUCUGUGUUUGUGAGCUUUUAUGCUUAUAUCAUGUGUCCUCCAGCUGUAAGCACUUUGUCCAAAAAUGUACCGUCGUGCACUUGAAAAUGAGUCUAUUAUAAAAUAAAAAGUUUUUUACCUAUUUAGAGAAUGAUUUAUCUUUAAAAUGGCUACAGAGAAUAUUUUGUUGAUUGAUUUAUAGAAACAUUAGCCUUUAUUGUUUUUUUUUUCUCUCCACUGUCGCUCAAUGAAAUGAAAUAUUGAGCCUAAUCAGAGUCUAAUUCCUUUCAUUUCCUAAAAAAUAUUGUUCCUGAUUCAGCAAGGCUCACGUAGUUAUUGUUAUUGUGCCUGAUAAGUUAAAAAGAUCUGACUCUGGGACAUAUUAAAACAAUUUUUGUGUACUGUGUGUUAACGUUCACAAUAAAGUGCAUUUCUCCCAAAA